AACACAUAUGGUUACUAGCCAAAGGGGGAUAAAACUAUGAAGUUUUUAUUCAUUGGGUUGCGGCCCCUGUGGGACUGCAACUGAACUGUUGACGUUUUUUUAUGCUUUUGUGAGCGAAAUUACCUGUGUUCCAUGUCAUGUGACAUGUGCCUAGUCGUGUCGCACACGCAAGGCUGCUGUCUGUGGACCAAGAUGUAGACCUAAUGAAGGGCUACAGUUUUCUGUUUCUAUUUUGAUCUUUUGAUCUUUUGAUCUUUUGGUCUUUUGGAUUGUUUGGAUCUUUUGGUCUACCUUGGCUAGUUCGUUUUGUGUUGCAUCGCCGUCAUGGCUCGAUGCUAUAAAUAAACGAGUACUGGACAACAACUGUCGGUGUCGGUGUAUACUUAAUCUCAGGGUCAGCCCGUCUUAAACCACAACACCUCAGUGGGUAAAAGCAUCCCCACUGAGUGAGGGUUACAUUUGGCGCCCAACGUGGGGCUUGACCUUGGGAGGUAGGAUGGCAAGCACCAAGCCGACGUUCGAGAAGUUGUCGCAGGAGCUGGCCAAGUUGAGGGCUACGAUGGCGGAGCUAGAACAGACAAGUGCGCAGCGGCCCGUGACGGUGAAGGUGUGUGCUCCGGUACACAGCGAUGAGGAGGAGUUCACCGACUUUCUACCCACGGGCGGGGUUGCAGGGGAAGCUAGCCCGAAGAUGGAGUCCGUCCUGAAAGCUGUUAAAAGGCUGGACGGGACAACUGAGUCCCCAGUCGUAGCCACGGCAGCAGCUAACAGGACUAUCCAGGUAGACUCACUAACGGCAGCUGUUCGCCAAGAGUCGAAACCGCUGAUACUCACGGAGGAACAACUUGACCGUCUGGCGGAGAAGGUGGCAGCAGCUAUCCUAGCCCGGAAACAACGGCCUUACAGAGGAGCUUGUUACGGGUGCGGGUCCAGGAAGCACUUCGUCCGCGACUGUCCGAGGAAAGCAGCUAGGCAACGGAGUCAGCAGCAGGGGAAAUGCCAGUCUAUCAGCGUCGGGGAGCGGAUGCUGAUGCGUGUUCUGCCAAGCUCUCAGCCCAAGUUUACGCCACCGAGAUCAUCACAGUGUCGAGCAACCACAGCUCAGGUUACCUCGCCUAGCGGCUGGAGGUACGGCUGUCGGGUGUUCCGCCGUGGAGGAGGGUUGCAGCCGGAGGGUGCGCGUGAGGAGGGUAGACAGCCACACCAUGAAUGUCAGUCUCAGCGCGAGCAAGAUCGUCGCUUGGGAGACAGACAUGACACAAGCAGAGGUCGGAGACGCCGCCGGAGGAGAGGCCGACGACGUGGUGGACGCCGCCGUGGUUGGCAGCGACCCGACUAUACAAUGUCGAGUGCUGAACCCACUGUGGCGGAGGGGGAGCGACGGAAAGAGAUCAUCCCAACCAGUGAGGCAGAUGAAGGUGAGGAACUGGCAAUCAAGGUGGUUGUCCCAACCAGACUUCGGCCGGAGGCAAUGCCCUUCGGGCCAGAGGUGGUCGCCCGGGACGGGCAAGACAAGGUGAUGGUCAGGCCAGCCCCACAUCUGGAUGAGGUGAAUGUGAGGGGCGAGGCAUCGGACGAGGAUGACUCUUGGAUCAACCCAGAACCACCAGUGGAGCUGCGGAGGUCAACCCGUCAACGACGACCCGUCGAGCGACUCAACCUGGCGCAUCAAGUGGUGACCAGUACCAGCACUGGAGCCUCUACCGGUUUGCCGGGAAUAAUGUAUUUGAGUUGAAAGGACUUAAUGUCUGUGUACUAGUGUACUGAACUUUUUUUUUAAGUACUAUUAUGUGUGAGUGUAAAUGUAAAUGUAAAUGUGAAUUCCAUUGUACAUUUAUUUGUGAGGGGGGCUGUGUAACACAUAUGGUUACUAGCCAAAGGGGGAUAAAACUAUGAAGUUUUUAUUCAUUGGGUUGCGGCCCCUGUGGGACUGCAACUGAACUGUUGACGUUUUUUUAUGCUUUUGUGAGCGAAAUUACCUGUGUUCCAUGUCAUGUGACAUGUGCCUAGUCGUGUCGCACACGCAAGGCUGCUGUCUGUGGACCAAGAUGUAGACCUAAUGAAGGGCUACAGUUUUCUGUUUCUAUUUUGAUCUUUUGAUCUUUUGAUCUUUUGGAUUGUUUGGAUCUUUUGGUCUACCUUGGCUAGUUCGUUUUGUGUUGCAUCGCCGUCAUGGCUCGAUGCUAUAAAUAAACGAGUACUGGACAACAACUGUCGGUGUCGGUGUAUACUUAAU